UCUCUUAAGUUCACAUCGUUGAGCAAUAAUGGACUCGUCGGAGAUCGAAGUGGUGCCUCUAGAUUCAAACUCUCACCAAAACCCUACCGAUUCACCAACCAUCACCGACGUCUUCUCCGCCUCCGCUUACGGCGAUCUCCACAAACUCAAGCGUUUCGUCGAACACGAUGGCUCAUCUGUUUCUCUCCCCGACGCUAAUGGCUACUACGCUCUUCAAUGGGCUGCGCUCAACAACUCUAUCCACGUUGCUCGAUAUCUCAUCGAGCACGGUGGUGAUGUUAACUCAGUUGAUAGUAUACAACAGACACCAUUGCAUUGGGCAGCUGUUAAAGGUUGUAUUGAUGUUACAGACCUUUUACUUCGAAAUGGAGCUCGAAUUGAAGCUGCUGAUGCCAAUGGGUACAGGGCAGUUCAUGUUGCUGCACAAUAUGGACAGACAGCUUUCUUGAAUCAUAUUAUUGUGGACUAUGCAGCUGACUAUAACGCACUAGAUAACGAAGGGAGGAGUCCGCUACAUUGGGCUGCUUACAAUGGAUACACAGAUACAGUCCGGUUACUUCUCUUCCGGGAUGCAUGUCAAAAUAGACAAGACAACACAGGCUGCACUCCUUUGCACUGGGCUGUAAUUAAGGAAAAUGUUGAGGCUUGUUCUCUGUUAGUUCAUGCUGGAACCAAGGAGGAACUGAUAUUGAAAGAUAGCACAGGAUCCACACCACUUAAGCUAGCAUCUGAUAAAGGUCACAGGCAGCUCGCUCUUUUCCUUUCGAACGCAAUGCAAACUCCAAAAAAAAGUUUUGCGGACAAGAUCUUCUGUGGAAAAUUGGGAGAGAGUAGCUAUGCUCCUAUGUUAUUCAGCUUAAUAGUCAUUCUUAUGGUCCUCUUUACCACAUCCAUUGUUUCAGCUUCUAAUCUUCCAAAGAUAACUGCUAUGGUUGGCCUGUGGGCAUGUUUUGGUCUUUCAUCUGGCGUUUGCGCUCUGAUAACCUUCUAUCGUGUUAGCAGGAAAGAUCCUGGGUACGUUAAAAGAACCAAUGAAGCUGACAGCCAACACACUGCUAAUGACCCUUUGAUUGGUAUCAAUUUCAACAGCCCCUCUUGGAAAGGAAACUGGUCCCAACUCUGCCCUACUUGCAAGAUAAUUAGACCAGUGCGAUCUAAACACUGCCCCACAUGUAAGCGCUGCGUUGAGCAGUUUGACCAUCACUGUCCCUGGAUUUCUAAUUGUGUUGGUAAGAAGAAUAAACGUGACUUCUUAGUCUUUGUGAUCAUGGGAGCUUUAACGUCAUUCGUUGGUGGCACAACUGCUGUUCAAAGAUUAUGGAGAGGCAUCCCACAGAUACACCCCAGAGAAUCAUGGAUUCAGUAUGUAGUCAUUGAACAUCCCGACGCUGCCGUGUUUCUGUUUUUCGACUUACUCAUUUUCAUUGCGACAAUGACCUUGACAAUCUCGCAGGCUUAUAUGAUAGCUCGGAAUAUUACAACCAAUGAAUUAUGGAACUCGAAAAGAUUCAGUUAUUUGCGGGGACCUGAUGGAAGAUUCUACAACCCUUAUAACCACGGCUGGCGAAGAAACUGCACCGAUUUUUUGGUUCAUGGCUACACCAGGGAUGGCGAGGUUGUCCCGUCUACAAUUCUCUGAAUUUACAUCUCUUCACCUCAUUGUUGCAUACAUAAACCAUCUGAUUCAGUGCAUUGUGUAUAUAAUUAUCUCCUCUUUGAUUCAUAUGUUGCAGAGUGUGCAAGUUUCUUCUCCUUUACUUUAUACACAUCUUACACUGUAAUUGUUUUGCCUAUAUCACUCACCAAUUUCACCGUAA